AUGUCGAGCUUCCACCAUCUUCCAACAGAGGUGGUGGAGGAGAUCAUGUCAUGGGUGCCUGCCGACGAGCUAAUACGAUUUAAGCGCGUAAGCAAGUCAUGGUACGGUGUUAUCUCUGGUCUCAUCGAUGAUCCAUCAUUUGUAGCAAAACAUCUCCGCCAUACGAAGAUGAGGUUCUCUUCAUCCUUAAUUUUCACUCACUUUUGCCCCCAUCUGGACCAUAAUGGGGUAGAUUGCCAAGGAGACAUAUUCUCAUUGGUCACAGUAUUGAAUGGUGAUCACGACGAUGAUCGUAUUCUCUCUGUUAUUGAAGAACUCAAUUUACCACCACCUCGGGAUGGAGGCCAUAAUAGGUUGGGUAGGUGGCGUAUUCGUUAUCAUUCUGAUGGGAUCAUUUGCUUAGUUCAAGAUGCUCGUACCAUAAUGGUUUGCAAUCCGGUAUUGCGGGAAUGCAGGCUUCUUCCAUUAACAAAUUAUGCCCGAAAUGUUGGAGAAUUUCUUCCUUCAGCAAUGGGAUUUGGAUAUGAUUCCAGAGCUAAGCAAUACAAGGUUGUUGCAAUUUGGAAUUGUGUAACUGUGAAAGUUGAGGUACACACACUGGGUACGGAAUCUUGGAGAGAGUUUAUCUUGCCUCGAGACAUGGACAUAGCAGAAUUUGUGUAUGAAGCUGCGGUAUAUCGGAUGGGAGUUUGUUAUUGGGUAGUGCGGGAUUUUGAGGGUCAUGACAUGAACCUUUGUUUUGACAUGUCCGACGAGGAAUUUUAUGUCACACAAUUCCCAGAUCUAAGUGAUAUUAAGUUUGAGGUAGAUUGGGCGGGGCUGUCGGUCUGGGAUGACUAUGUUGCUUUAAUUGUGUGCUUUAGAGAUUAUAAUUGUGAUAAGUAUCCACUAUUCGUUGAGAUAUUUGUGAUGGUUGAUAACUCAAGUGGUGAUAAAGGUGCUUCUUCUUGGACCAAACAGUUUUCUAUCGGACCCAUAGUAGAUUUUGUGAGUACAUUAUCAGUCAUCAAGAACAAUGAAUUUCUCAUGCAAGAUAGAGAUAAACAGCUGGUCUCCUACAAUCUUCACACGCAAAAGCGUAGACAUGUCGUCAUUCAUGAUGUAGAUCGAUUGCGGCAUUGGGCUUGUUUCUAUGAGAAGAGUCUGGUUUCUGUUAAAAGUAGAUGAUCAUUGACUCGAGAUUUCAAGCAAAAAGGAAGAAACUCUCAAUUCUGGAAGUAGCUUAAUGAUGAACCAUUAUGGACCGAUGCAUCUUUCAAUCUUCAAGCUUUUGCCUUUUCUUGUUUCUUUUGUUAUUACUAUAUUUUCUUGUAUAUAGCUGUCUUAUGUGCUUAAACUCUCGGGGCGUCAAAUUAUUUUCCAUUUUGGAUGUAAAAAGAAAAAGGGACAAGCAACAUGACAUAGCAGUGGUGUUAGUUUUUCCUUUUAAAUUAAACAAGAAGUUUGGGGUUUCUGAAUCAUAGCUAUACUUGAAAUA